GCAAAUAACUGCUUCCUUCCACAGAUCUGUCACCAUGAAGGUGAUCUUCCCAGUUGCCGUCCUUGUUCUAGCCAGCUCAGUGUGGACUUCCUUUGCAGUUGAUUUCGUCCUUCCUAUGAGCUUUCACAUGACUGAGGAGCUUCUACAAAAGACAAAGGCCCUGUGCAUCAAGAAUAUACAGAUGUGCUGGAUACUUUCCUACUUCAAGGUCAGCGAGCCUAUAUGUGGCAGUAACCAAGUUACCUACGAGGGCGAGUGCCAUCUCUGCUCCGCAAUUCUAUAUGAAGACAGAACUGUAAUUAAAGUGCACGAUGGGCCAUGUGAACACUCCUCGGAUGAGUCUGAACACUAAUAAAAGUUACUGAGUUCUCAGAGAGCCACGUGGAGCAUGACUGACUCUUCAAAGAUACCCAGUUUGGGAGAGAGGGCCUGGAGUUCAGUGGUAGAGUACACUAGUGUAUGUGAAGCCUUGGGGAGUGUUAAAAAGAGAGCAGCUCCUGGAGAAGAA